AUGGCUACUCAGGUAGCGUCAGCAGCGCCCAGCGCAGAGACUGACUUGUGGGGCGUGCUGAAUGACGCGUUGAAGAGUCCUGCAAAGCAAGCAGUCCCUGCCAAAGCCACACCUGUCCCAGCCCAGCCAGAGCCCAUUUUGCCCCCUCCGCCCACACCUGCCGCACCUGCAGCCGCUACUGCAGAGUCCGUCAGCAAGCCUGUGGAGGAGGCCAUUCGGCCAGUCCAGGGCUCAAGUUUAGACGCCUUUUUCUCAAGCAAGGGAGAUGCGGGGGCCGGUGAGGGGCUGUCAGUGCCUGCGGAUGCGACAGCAGGGCUUAAGAGCGCCCUCGGAGGAGCCACAGACGCUGUAAGCUCUGCCCAAGAUGCAGCCUCUGCUGCAGCCAGUUCCCUGGCAGAAGGUGCUUCUGCUCAGACCAAGGCAGCCAUGGACGCAGCUUCUGCGGCAGCUGGCAGUUUGGGGGCGUCUGCGUCGGAGGCAGCUUCCAGCCUGCAGGGUGCUGCCGCCGGUGCAGCUUCCUCCCUGCAGGAAGCUGCAUCCGGCGCCCUGUCCAGCGUCAAUGAAGCCACCUCUGGAGCGGUGGACUCUGCCCUGUCAGUCUACAAGGAGCUGGCAGACGGUUUUGGCGACGCCACCUCUUCUGUCCAGGAGAGCCUUGCGGCAAGCACAAGCGCAGCAUCCUCGGCUGCAGAGGCGGCCGCAGGCAGUCUGCCAGAGCCGGUUCGCUCCGCACUGUCUACAGUCGGGGAGCCUCUGGGGAAUGCACUGUCACAGGUGGCUGCAAACCCGGUUCUGCUGGCAGCAACGCUUGGGGCCACGGUUGGGCUGCCUGCACUCUCCUGGUGGCGCGGCCGGUUUGGCGGCUACGCGGGGCUGCUGCAGCCGAGCAAUGCACUGGACGUCCUGCAGAACGAGGACGCUGUACUUGUUGACAUGAGGUCUGAGGAUGAGAGGGUGCGUGAUGGAGUGGUGGGUCUGCGGGGGGCGCUGGGCAAGGGGGCGGCUGUGCCGCUGCCGUACAUCGGCGGCGACCUGGCGCGCAACGUGCGCAACGCAAACCAGCUCUCCUUCGAGAUCGCUGCGGCCGUCGUCUCCGGCCUCGCGCAGGUGUCAUCCAGGACGAAGCUGCUGGUGCUGGAUGGCGGCGGCAGCAGGAACGCCAUCCAACUAGCGCGCACCCUGCGCAGUGUCGGCCUCCCCCGAGCCUACGUGGUGGAGGGCGGCUACCGGCAGUGGUUGAACGAGGGUCUGCCAGCAAAGCAGGGCGCGUCAGACUACGCCACGUCACCCGCUGAUGUCAUCGGCGAGCGCGUGGCUCUCCUGGCCGGCACCACCAGCUCAUCUCUGGGAAGGCCGACCACAGUAGUGGCAGCGGGGGCGGGGGCAGCGGUCACCUAUUUGGCACUCUUCAAGACGCUGUACCUGCUCCGCUGGCUGGGGGUCUUUGGUCUGCUGGCAACCGCCGCCAACAGGAUAACUUCAUACAACAGCGCCAAUGACUUCGUGAAAGACUUGCAAAGUGUGUCUGGGAGCAUUGGAUCACUGGGAAGCAAGGCACAGAAACUGGUGCCAUCUGGCAUUGUGAGCAAAAUGAGAGGGCAGAGCUCAAGUGGCAGCAUCAGUGCGCAGCCACCUGCUGCAGUUGAGGAAGUUGAGAGGCAGAAGGAUGAGUCAUUGCCAGAGAGAGAAGAGUCAGAAAGCCGUCCUGUGAGUCCUGACGGCGAGCCGUCUGUUGUUGAGAACUCUGCUUGAUGUGUGAAGUUUUGCACCUUUCGUGUUGAGUGGAGUGCUCAGCUGAGCUGCGAGUUUUGUGAACCAAAUGGGCCAACUGAGCUGGCCCGUGUCUAUGAGAACAGAACAUUCAAUGAAGGACAUGAGGACAUGGUUGCAACAAAUCAGUCGGUCAUUGCUGACAGGGAGCAG